AUGUGUGGUGACGUUUUCAUCAGUUACAUCAAGGACUUCCACAAGCAGCUCUUCCUGCGCAACUUGCUCGACGGAGAACCCCAUGUGCUCGUGCUGGAUGGGCACGCGUCGCACGUGAGUUUGGACGUUGUUGAGUUGGCCAGGUCCCUCGACAUCCACCUCGUCCAGCUGCCCUCCCACAUGUCCCACAUCACCCAGCCCUUGGACGUCGCCGGCUUCGGGUGCUUCAAGAAGGAGCUGACCAAGGCGAUCCAGGCCUUCCCGGCGACACACGGAGGGGCAUUGCCGCGGAAGCGGGACAUGGCCGCCGUGAUCGGGCAAGCGUGGAGCACGAGCUUUACCCCGGAAAUCAACAUGGCUUCCUUCGCCCGGGAGGGCCUGUGGCCGGUGGAAAGGGAGUGAGCACUCGGUCGGCUGCUGCGCCCGAAAAGGAAGGCAAGGGAAGACGACCGCCCUCCCCUGCAGGACGUCCCCAUCGCCGUGAGCAACGAUCAGCUGGAGAAAUUGAUGGGCGAUCGCUCCGUCCCCAAGCUGCUGGCAGAAGGCCACACUAUCACGGUACUCCUCGUGAGCACGGUGUUUCUCAGCGACUUCCUGCCAACAAGCGUUCCAAGAAGCCGCCGACCCGGGCGAACUUGGGCAUUCCAGAGGGAGGACUCCUCACUGCUGACGGUUGGGUGGAGCAGAUGCCGAAGAAAGAACGCGAAGCGAAGGCUGCCGAGGCCGAUUCGGAG